AUGGGGAACAAGCACACCCCUUCUCCCGCCGCGGCUCCCCUCUACCGGGGCCGCUUGAUGCGCGACAUCAACGAGCUCUGCAAGCCGCCCUGUUACCCCAACAUCAAGCUGCACCCGCCCGUCGAUGGACCUGACGGCAUGAUGGGCGACGCCUGUCUCCUGCUGACGACCAAGGCCUAUGGGGACACGCCGCUGCACCUCACUGUGCAGUUCCCGCACGACUUCCCGGUGGCGCCGCCGCAUAUCAGCAUGAACACGCCACUUGUCUCGCACCCCAACGUGCUUGGCAAUUACAUCUGUGCGUCGAUCCUCAACACAACCGAGGGGUACACGUCGGCGUACACCCUCAAGGGGAUUGCGAUUCAGCUGCUGUCCUUCUUCUCAAGCGACUCGGUCGAGCAGGUGGGUGGCGGCGUUGUGCAUCUGGGUAACUACCAGGAGCAAACGGCGGAGUUGAUGGCAUGGCAUCAUCAGCAGGGUGAAUGGGGGUCUGCAGAUGACACGCGCUACAAUUUCAAGUGCGACCGGUGCUGCUACGACACGCGCGACCAGGCGUCCAUGUUGAAGGCAGCGGAUGUGGAGCCGACCACCGAAGAUGUUGUCAGAGGCGAAGCAGAAGCAGUGACGGACGUGGUAGAAACGUCGUCCCCGCAGGACUUGCUUCCUUCCGCUCUGGCAGGUCGCUCGAUCGACAUGUUGACCGACGACGUCCUGCUUCUCAUCCUCAGGGAGCUCGACACGACCGGCAUCAACAAGUUUGUUGCCGCCUCGGACCGCAUCCGGCAACUGGUCGAGUACCAUGACGUGCUCCACCAGCGCGAGCUGCAGUGCUUCUGCCUCAAGACGUCGUACCUGAAGAGUGACCUCGGUGUCGGCGUGUCAACGAUGCAGGGCCGCACGCGGACGCGUGGGCUCGAGUCCGAAUUCGAUCUGCUGUCGCGCGAGGCAUUUGCCACGCUGCGGGUUCGCCGGUCGGUGCAGAGCAUCGCAUUCGAUCACUGGCUACCGCUGCCCUUGUCGCGGCGGCAUUGGCUGCGUGUGCGCAACGAUGCGGUGGUGGCCCUGGUGGCCAUUGGCGAGGAUGCUUUACCACGCAAAAAGGGCGCUUUCAAGCGGGAGCCGGUCGGCACAAAGAACGGCCGCCAGCCAAAUGGGGCGCAGCUCGUGAAUUUCCGGCAGGUUUCCAAGACGCCACCCACUCCCGAGAGCGUGACGCGGGCCACCGAAGUGCUCUUGUCGUUCAUGACGCAGAUUGUGGUCCGUCUCAACGAGGACGUCGACAAGCUCAACGAGUCUUAUGCUGAUGAAUGGUGGCUCCAAGAUUACUGGGUCGACCAUGCGUCAGGGCCGGUGAAAAGUACGUUGCGGCAUGCCUCCGAAAAGGCCGUCGAGUCGUACUUCCACCUGUUCCACUUGUUGGUAUGCUUGGCGGCGGAGCAUCCGCAGGUCGCAGCUGACGCCAACCGCCGCCUGCGCUCGUUCUACGUCGACAACAAACGAUCCAAGGUCGACUGCCCGAACCUGGGCAUGCUACUCGUGGCGCUUUUGAUUGCCGACGACAGUGAGAUUGGUGUCGAUAACAAGACAACGGACAGCGGCCCCGGUACACGCCAGGAUUUGCUAAAGUCCAUUAUUACCGAGGCCAUCACGCGCAACGUGGUCUGGCUGCUCGACACCAAGGGCGCCGGCCGCGCCGAGCUCGUGCAUCUCGAGCCGAAAGACACCAUCAGCGAGUAUCGUCUGCACCAUACCUUUGUCGGUAGCCAGACAUCGUACCGUCUGCUCAUGUUCAUGGAGCUGUUCCGGCGCACCGCGCGCCCCCAGGGACAGAGCCUGGAAGCGGUGCGCGACGCUCUGUACCAGCGCCAUGGUGCACCGCCCGCCGGCGCUGCGGCUCGCUUGUCGGCCGAGGUCCGCCGCCUCCAGACCAUCCAGACGUGGCCCAACUUCCUGGAGGCCAUGGGCGUCGACGUCCCGUCCAGGUCUGUGUUCUGCAACGUGCUACGUAAGGCGGUGCGCGACAGCAUGAGCCACCGCUACUCGGUGUGGGGUCUGACGGCGGCCGAGGCCGAAAGCCUGCGGGCGUUCCAUGAGGACGCAUUUGCACAGGGCGCUAGCUGGCGGCCGCCUGUUAUCAGACGAGCUCGGCCGGAUCCUCGCAGGUACCGCCGGGGAGGUCGGUAUGGUGGAGGCGUGGAGCGCACGCGGCCUGUUACGGUCGAUGGUGCGCUGCGCGACUUGGCCGAGGAGAAGUACGGUCACCUGGCACGGCAAACGAGCGACGGUCCUAAGUGGACGUCCAUCUCCGCUUCGGAGCGGGAGUCGGCGGCGUAUGUUAAGUGGCGGUUGCUCACGAAGGAGGUGUCAUUCUUCCCUGGCGGCACAGCAAGGGAAGCGCGCGGCAAUGAACGUCGGGUGUGGAACAACGGGUGGUGA